AUGGCGGCGGCGGGGCGCGUGGCGGCGGCGCUGCGCGAGGCGGGCGCUCUGCGCUUCGGCGACUUCGUGCUCAAGAGCGGCCGCGCCUCCCCCGUCUACAUCGACCUGCGCGGCCUCGUCUCCCACCCGCUCCUCCUCCGCCAGGUUGCAGAUCUUCUCUUUCAAGCAGCCAAGGAUGCUGCUCUGGAGUAUGAGUGCGUGUGCGGCGUUCCUUACACAGCACUGCCAUUGGCCACAAUUAUCUGCUCCGAAAAUCAGAUUCCAAUGCUUAUACGGAGGAAGGAAGCAAAAGACUAUGGUACUAAGCGGCUGGUAGAAGGCACCAUUAAUCCAGGAGAAACAUGCUUGAUCAUUGAAGAUGUGGUAACAAGUGGAUCUAGUGUACUGGAAACUGCAGAAGUUCUUCAGAAAGAAGGAUUAAAAGUCACAGAUGCCGUAGUGCUGUUGGACAGGGAGCAGGGUGGGAAGGCCAGGUUAGAGGAACGUGGAAUUCGCCUGCACUCUGUGUGUACGUUGUCCGGAGUGUUGGAGAUUCUCCAGCAGCAGGGAGAAGUGGCUGUUGAGAUGGUUGAAAAGGUGAAGAAAUUCAUUCAGGGAAACAUGUUUGAGCCAGUGGCUCAGAACGGCCCCGCUCCUGUGAAGAGACUUUGUAAAGAGCUGAGCUUCAGCGCUCGUGCUGAGCUGCCAGGGGUACAUCCUAUUGCAGCCAGGCUUCUCACGCUCAUGGAGAAGAAGCAAACGAACUUGUGCCUUUCUGCUGAUGUCACCAGCUCCAACGAGCUGCUGCAGUUAGCUGCUAUCCUGGGCCCCAGCAUUUGUAUUCUGAAGACUCAUAUAGAUAUCCUGAAUGAUUUCACCCAAGAGGUAGUAAAGGAGCUGAGAACACUUGCAGAUCAACAUGAAUUCUUGAUUUUUGAAGACAGGAAAUUUGCAGACAUUGGAAACACAGUGAAACAUCAAUAUGAAGGUGGUGUGUUCAGAAUCGCAUCCUGGUCGGACAUCAUUAAUGCCCAUGUGGUUCCAGGCUCUGGAGUUGUGAAAGGUCUGAAGGAAGUAGGUCUUCCUCUCCAGCGCGGCUGUCUUCUGAUUGCUGAGAUGAGUUCCCAAGGGUCACUUGCAACGGGUGAAUACACAAAAGCUGCAGUACAGAUGGCUGAAGACAACUCGGAUUUCGUUUUUGGAUUCAUAUCUGGAUCUAGAGUUAGUAAUAAACCAGAAUUUCUUCACUUAACUCCAGGGGUGCAGCUGCAAACUGGAGGCGAUAACCUUGGGCAGAAGUACCUAAGCCCCAAGGAAGUUAUUAGCGAAAAAGGUUCAGACAUCGUUAUUGUGGGACGUGGCAUCUUGUCAGCUUCAGACCGUCUUCAGGAAGCAGAGAAGUACAGGAAGGCAGCUUGGGAGAGCUACAUCAGCAGACUUGGUGUUUGUGCAGAAGACUGAAAGCAAGCCACUUUCUUAGUCAAUAAGCAAAGCUGAUGGAGCUGCAAUCAUCGUCCAACUUCCAGUUAAAUACAUAGGCACUUCAGCCAGUAGAAAACUGCCCUUUUGGAGAAAAAUCUUUUACUGAGUAAAUUAUUUUUAAUUGCAUACACACAGAUGAAGUUGUACAUGCCAUGGUUGUUUUUAAUAUUUGAAUGUAUGAAACCAAAACGUGAUGCCCAGUUUUUAGCCUUAAUAGCUUUUCUCUGCUGAAAAAUGUUGAAUUAAACACUCCAAGGGUAUUUCACUUGCUGUUGUUGCUUUUGUUUCUCCUCCGCAUCCUCAAAUUCUUUCUGGCUGUGGAAACAGUAUUUUACUGUUAUCAGUAAUCUUCACUUGGAUUACUGACCUGCUGCCCCAUUCUCACGGCAUUACUCGCUCUGCCAUUUCCAAGGAGCAAGUAUGG